GGGCCACAAAUUUGUACAGGCCAGUCCAGGAACAAUUAGAAGGAUCCAAGCCCAUAUCAUCAUCCCUUUCAUUUCAUCCUUGCAUAUCACUGAAUCUUACAAAUCUCGAAUUACACCGUGAUUCCGGAGCUCGAAGAAAUCACCUGAUGGAAAACUAACAAAUUCGGGAUCGAACAAGUGUACUGUACGAAGCAUAUAAAUCUCAAUGGCGGCGAUCGGAGCAAUGCCGGAGAUUAAUAGCCUCCGUCAGAAAAGCCGAAAGUCAUUUGUUACACUUCUUCUGACAAUUCUUACAAGUUCACAAUCGAUUCUCAUUGUGUGGUCGAAGAGAGCUGGGAAGUAUGAGUACAGUGUAACCACUGCAAAUUUUCUGGUAGAGGCAUUGAAAUGCGCAUUGUCGCUUGCAGCCUUGGUAAGAAUCUGGAGAAAGGACGGGGUUACUGAUGAUAAUAGGUUGAGCACUACGUGGGAUGAAGUUAAAGUGUAUCCCAUUCCGGCUGCACUUUAUCUUGUCAAGAAUCUACUUCAGUACUACAUUUUUGCGUAUGUAGAUGCUCCUGGAUAUCAGAUACUGAAGAACUUGAAUAUUAUCAGCACUGGUGUGUUGUAUCAAAUCAUUCUUAAAAGGAAGUUAACUGAAAUUCAGUGGGCUGCUUUCAUUCUACUUUGUGCUGGGUGCACCACUGCACAACUUAAUCCUAGUUCUGAUCAUGUUCUUCAGACUCCAUUACAAGGUUGGGUUAUGGCUAUUGUAAUGGCCCUUUUGAGUGGUUUUGCAGGAGUUUACACAGAGGCUAUAAUUAAGAAGAGACCGUCAAGAAAUAUUAAUGUUCAGAACUUCUGGUUGUAUGUCUUUGGGAUGAUCUUCAAUGCUUUUGCAAUAAUGACUCAAGAUUUUGAUGCAGUCAUGAAUGAUGGGUUCUUCCAUGGAUAUUCACUGAUUACAGUUCUCAUGAUUCUCAACCACGCACUAAGUGGCAUUGCAGUAUCAAUGGUGAUGAAGUACGCUGACAACAUUGUGAAGGUCUAUUCAACUUCAGUUGCAAUGCUACUGACUGCAGUUGUUUCUGUAUUUCUAUUUGGGUUUCACCUUUCCCUUGCCUUCUUCCUUGGUUCCAUCGUUGUUUCUGUAGCGAUAUAUUUACAUUCGACCAACAAAGCCCGAAGAUAACAACUGAGUUCACCUUCUGAGUUCUCUUGGUAAUACCCAAAAUAGGCAUUCUACUCCAAGUUCAGUUGGAUUUUCUUCCUUGCAAAAAGUGUGAGCAGAUAACUAUUUAUCCUAUAGCAGCGUAAGAGUUGGCCCUAUAUUUAUCGAUGGAGUGAAGUUGGUGUUUAAAUCUGGAUAGAACAGGAUACUUGUGAUCGACUACUAGAUGAUCUCCUCAUUAUUUUGAAAAUCCUGCAAGUUGGUGUUUCAAUUCUGAAUUCAAAUAGCAGCAUUUAUCGCCCGAUGAAAGGUAUUAGGUAUGUGCAUUAGAUGAUAUUAUUAUAGCAACAAGUCCUGGAGAGCAGAACACUUUGUACCACUAUACAUUUGACGCGCGCUGCAGAUUUCAUAAACAUUUUUGUUGCUCUUUCAUAUGUAAUUAUGGACUAAUCUAAUAAGUAGUAUUAUUAUUGUAAUAGCAAUUGAGGCAAUAUGUGCUUGUACACAAUGUAUGUUGAUGUUUAACACUUGUUCUGGCAUCAAUUUACUUAGCAAUUUGUAUCA